CGCCACUGGUAGCUAGGGAGAAGAUGGCGGCCGGCAUGUGACAGGAGCAUAUGACAAGGACUGUACGGACCUGUUGGAUAUACCACCUGGACGUGGAGGCCGAACAAGGUUGAUGGUGAGACAAGGGAACUAGGAACCAUGUCCUGCUAUGACACCCUGGGGUACAGGGGCAGCCCCAGCCGCUCUCCCUUGCGGGCCGUCCACGACCUGACAACAAUGUACCCCGACUCGGACAGCGGUAUCAGCUCUACAUUCCGGACAAAAUCCCGAGUCUUCACCACAGAUGAUUUUUCAAUGGCUCCAACUAGACUUACAAGGUCAAGGUCAAUGUCAAGGCUGAAUACCGGUAGCCGAGAUACCUCCCCAACUGGAAGUGUAGUGUCACUGACCAUGCCCACAGAAUACUCUGUCCGCAGUCUCCAUGACAACCUAGAAGACAGUGAGACACGGAGGUCUGUCCUGAUGCACAAACUGAAGGAAGCUCAGGAGACACUUUCACUACAGAACAGCAGGCUGUCCAAGAUAGAAACAUCAGCCAAGGACAAUGCUGUGAUUGUAGAGGACCUGAAGUUUAAGGAGAGAGAGUAUCAGUCGGCUAUCAUGAGUCUGGAGAAGGCAGAGGAAGAGAAGGAGGCUCUGCAAAUGGAGAACAUCCGACUACGCCAGGAGAUGCAAGACAGAAUCACAUCCCUGGACUUCCAGCUGAAGUCUCUCCAUAGCCAGCACCAGUCUUCUGAAGUUGAGAACAAUACCCGCACCAGUCUGCUGGACCAGACCACAUCAUGCCUGUCUCUCCUGGAGGAGGAGAACACCAAGCUGCAGAAGGAACGUGACAUUCUACAAAAUGAAGUUGGUUCAAUGAAAGAAAUGGUGGAGAUGACAAAGGCUAAUCUUCAUAUGAUGUCACAGGAGAGGAACAAUGUGAGGAACAGCUUGGACAGUGUUACACAGGAGAAUACUGUGCUAUGUAAGAAGAUCCAUGAGAUGGCAGGGCAGAUGGUGGAGUUGAGAACGUUGCUGCAGGCGGUCCGUGAUGAGAAUGAGAGUCUGUCUAGCACCUGGAAGAAUGUCUCCCAGGACAAACACAACGCUUCCAAACAGAUCGAGAACUAUCAAGACACAGUGGCAGACCUGAAAGCUCGGCUGGCUACAGUGUCGGCGGACAAAGAUCGGCUGUUUCAAGAAAAACUGGACCUCAAUCACAAAGUGCAGCAACUGGUGCUGGAUAAGGAACAGCUGAUUAAGGUGAAGUUGUCGCUGGAGGAGCAGAUCACAGACUUACAGAGUGACCUGAACAAAUCAAAGAUGUCGUCCUGCAAGAAGCAAGACGACACCAAGAAGCUUGGGGAGGAACUCCAGGGGGUGAAGAGGGUGAGCCAGGAACUGUCGAUGGAGCUGGCAUCAGUCAAGGCCUUCUAUGAGCGUGCGCUGGAGCAGAUCUCGCUGCUGGAGAAUGGGAAGAAGAUGCAACAACAGCACCAGGAGCUGGCAGAACAGGAGAAGAGGCGGCUGCAGGGCGAGGUGGACAGGCUGACUCAGCUGCUUGAUGGACGGACUCGGGAAGACCGGAAGGGCCGUGAGGACCUGGAAGAUAGCAUGUCCCGGAUGAAGCUGAUGCACUCAGCCAAAGUUUUAGAUGGUCUGAGUAGGUUUGAGAGUGAUCUGAAGCAGCUGCGGAACGAGAAGGCCCAGACAGACAACUACAACAGGGAGCUGGAAAUGAAACUACAGCGAGCAAAUGAGGAGAUCCGGAGGACGUCCACCAUCCAGCAGGAAGAGAUGGUGACGUGGAAGCUGACGUGCGAGCGACUUACAACUGCUGUGGCAAGGAAAGAGUCGGAGCUGCAGAGUCUGACAGACAAGUGUCAUGAUACUGAGUCCAUUGUGAGAAGAUUACAGGAAGAACUCAAGAUAAUCAGAGAACAGUACGAAACAUUGGAAGACCAGAGAGAUGACAGUGACAGACUACGAUCUGACAACAGACGUAUGCACCAGGAGAGGGCUGAGAAUGAGCAGAUGAUCAAACUCCUGGAAACCCAGAAGGAAGUCCUCACAAAGAGUACUGAGAGCAGCCUGAACAAGUUGCAUGACGUGGACCAUCUCAGUGGCAAGGUGGAGCAGUUCCGUUCAGAGAAUGAGCUUCUUAGAGCCCGCAUCAUGGAGCUGGAGAAGGUUCGGGACAACCUCAUCAAGCAGAAGGAGGAUGUUCUGGCCAACAGUGAGCUGAUCUACAAGAAGCCUGGCCUGGGUGAUUUAGAACACAAGACUGAGGAACUGAGGGCUGCCAAUAAACAGCUGCGCGAGAUCAACGAUGUCAUGUCGGACAAACUGGAGGUUGUGGAGCAGGAAAAUGCAAAAUUAAAACAGGCAAUUGGUGGGCAGUCAAGUACCAGUGAGGAAAGACUACAGAGAGAAAACAGAAAGAUCAGUGAAGAUUACUCCAACCUGAGAAAGGAUUAUGAGAGUCUGGAGUCUCGACAUCAGCGGAUGAUCAUUAACUACGGCCACGAGGAGACGCUGGAGAAAGACAAGCAGGACAUGGUAAAGCUCCGCCCAGGGGAGAGAGGCGCCCUCCAGAAACAGGUACAACUCCUGAAUGGUCAGCUGGUGCUGGUUGAGGGCAGCAAGAAGCGGCUGGAGGACACAGUCACACAGCUACAGGAGACCAUCUCCAGACUCAAGGCCAAGAUCACAGAGAAGCCCACAGGAUCUGACUUGGGAGUUCAGAAGCUGGAAGGCGAGGUGAAGUCUCUCAAGGAUAAACUGUCCAAGUCAGAGGCUGCCAAGCAGAAGCAGGAUCAGGCUGUGAAAAGCUUGAAAGAUGAGCUGGAGGAGGAGAGGACCAAGAAACCUUCACAGAUACGGGAGUCGCUGGAAGAUGUUGGGGAAGAGCUGCACCAGAUGAGGGGGGAGCUCCACAAGCUGAUGGAGGAGAUUGAGAGGAAGGACCGGGAGAUCUCAUCUCUGGAGAAUGAGCUCAGGAAGACAAAGGAGGAACUAGAUCUCAAGGAUCAUGGAAUUGGUGACCUUCGCAAACUAGUGGAGGACUUGGAGAAGCAGAUUGAAAGUCUGAAACGGAACAGGGGCAGCCAGAAUGAUGAAUUGGACUCAGGUAACACUGUCCGGCUGACUCGUGGAAGUAAACUGCCAAAGCCUGCAUCUAACUCUGCACCAAGAUCCCUGAAGGAGGAGCUGCAGGAUGCCCUGAAGAAGAAGGAAAGUUCGGUUCCAAGAGUGAUUCAAACAGAUCCUCUGCUCAGUAAGAAGUUUUUGGAGGCCAAACCAGCGCCCCCUAGUGAGCAAGGUAAACUCAACCCUGCGUCAGGAUUGUAUGGUGCCCAGUUCUUUUUCAAGCCUGAGAAAUCUGCAACUGAUGGUUCCGGCCGACUGCAGAGCUUGAUUUCUAAGUACAGAAGUCACAGUGAUGCCACAACCGAGGAGCCUGAGAAAAAAGUAAAACCAUUUUCUUUCACAACUGGACGCUUAGGGUUCAGGGGAAAGGGAGUCACACUCACCGCCCCCAAAGUCCCCGACAAUAAAACACCUUCAUCAGCAGACCAGCCUGGAUUCACCAAACCGGGGGCAGGACGGUUGGGAUCCAAGGGGCCUCCUCCUCCAACGCUCCCCAAACCCAAGGUGAGGCAGGAGAUGGAGGCUGGAGCCUUGCGACAACAGGGUGGAGCGGAGCCAGGAGCUGUUAGUGGAGCCGAGGCAGGGGAGGGACAGAGUGGUCUGCAGGACACCCAGGAACAGAAGGAUAUUAAUGCUCUUAUACAGAAGCGUGGUAACACCCAUCCAAAACCUAUUCUAUCAGUGAACCCACCGAAACUAACAAGUAAGGUGAUAGCUCAGCUGUUGCGUCCACGCGGCCGCGGCAAGUCGAGUGACAAGUCUUUGCUUUGCAGUAGUUAGAGGAGCUAGAGGUGCUAGCCAGAGCAGGUACCUCAAAGUACUUGAAAUGUAAACGUGGCAAGUGAGAUGAUGAACCAGUCAAACACAGGGGAAGUGCAGCAAUCAGCCAAUGAGAUGCCUCACAACACCAACAGAACAGAGACAAUCACUCGUCAGCACUACUUAUCCAACAGGAAGUAGUGUAGGGUGUGUGGUGAAUAAAGUUGCCAUCAGUAGUAAGACUUCAUCACGCCAGAUGAAGACACAUCCAUGGUAGUCAUAUUCAACACAAGUGGAGCAACCGUGAUGACCUUGAGCUUGAGCUCUGGUAUUAAGUAUUGCAGGAAGUGAUUGCUGUUACACAGACAGUAACCUCACACAGCAUGGGGAGGAAGGUCACACGAUUCUGUGUCUCAGAAUAUUAAGAAAUGUAGAUCUGAUGUCAGGGAUGGUUCGACAAGAGACACAUCUGUUUGAUGAUAAUGGACAUACAUUCCUUUUAUCACUAUUGAGUUCUAUACAACAAUAACAUAAUUUGUAAUGAAGCUCUAUGUAAGACGUUCUGAUGCAAAUUGGACUGGAUUCAGCAGUACUUAUCUUGCCCAUGUAACAAACUUGUGAACUGCCAGCAAAUGAUGCAUUUUAUUCUUCCUGCCUACAUCAAGUCACAGCAGUAUUCUUACUGUGCAUAGUGUUUGAAUAGCCAGGUUGUUCUUGUUUUAGAGGGACAUGUCUGUCUUCUUGUAUCAGGUUUGGAGCGUAUCUGUGAUAUCUGAAGUCAUAUAGAUCUUUUAGAGGAUAUUUAUUGUCAGUGUAUGUGCAUAUAUUUAUUGUAGUUUCCGCUCAUACCUCCAUGUACUCAUCUACAGUUGUCUGGGUGGUCCCAGGGCAAUUCUUCAUGCAUUGUCAUAGAGCAGGGAAACGCACCUCUUCAGCAGCAAUGAUGUCAGGGGUACCAUCAGUCUUUGUCACUUCUCAUGUUUCACUUCAGUCAUGAGAUAUGAAAUGUUGGAGAGGUUUGUUGUUUUCCACUGCAUGCAAGAGGAGUGGAAGUUAAACUUCAGCAAACAAACAGAUGUAUUUAUUUGACAACAGAGUUACCGAGGGGAUGAACUGCAGAACAUGAGUUAUUCCCCCUAGCUGUUGCUUGCAUACCAGUGUCAAGCAAGGUUGUCGUGCCAACUUUUUAUAACUUUUUGAAGAUGAAAUGCAUGAAGUGAUAUUGUAACCAGACCAAACCCGGAUCCUUCUCUUAGAACCACUCGACUACACACAAUCCUGCUGCUCCUUAGGUUCAAUGAAACACUUGAUCCAGUGGCCUAAAUGUGUAUACAUGUAAUGUGUCAACAUGGACCUGAAGUAUUAUAACACAGUAUCGUAUCCUCAAACUAGAAUCUGGGUGUCCAUCACAUUCCUUCAUUUGACUUGUGAUAUGUACGUCAUAUCUUCACUGUGUAUCAUGAUACACAUCACAUUGUCAUCUUGUGUGAUGAACAUUGUUUUUCCAUCAUGUUAGGAAAUUUUGUUGGGAUGGUAAGUCAUAAACAAAGAGAGAAUCAAAAGGUCACCCUUUAUACAAAAUAUUCUUGAAAUAUAUUGUGGUAGCUCAUAGCAGGGAUUGGGUUCCUGUUCUCCUAACAGGCGGUGGCCCGUUUCUUGUGUCCUGCAACUGGACCCUACCAAACAUAGCAUCAAUUUAGAGAACUGUGUGUUGAGUUUCUCUCUCGAAAAUUAAUAUCACCAUUGCAGUUUGCUGUAAUUUGUAUUGUCCAAAAGUCAUUUUGACAUUAGGACCUGUUCACAUGAAUAUAUUUGGAUGUUACACUUGCACACCUGUUUCUGAAUAAGAAACAGAUUUGAACCACAAUAUUUUGCCACCACCUGUGAAGGAAAAGCUACUAAUCAUGAACCAACAGUACUACCAGUUCACACAGGAUCACGGAUAAAAGUCCAUAAUUGAAUGUAAUCUUAUUCUUUUAUUCAAGACAAGAAAUUUGUAUUAUUUUAUGAGAAUGAGGAAAGUUGGAUGAGCAUUGACAGGAUUCACCAUAUGAUCCCCUUGCAGUAUACACAUCCUCACCAAGGUGGUCCACAUGUUGUGCCCAUACUGGUGAAUGGGAGGUCGGUGUAGAGUUGGUUCACAGGUCAAGUUUGGCCAGUGUAUGCUUAACUGUCAGGUCAAGGUAUGUUUGACCUGUCAGCUCUUUGCACCAGGUGUAGCAAGCAGCAGCAGCAACAGCAGCAGCAGCAGCAGGAAUGUGUCUGACAGCAUACACUAUAUAAGUGCUAAACUUCAGUAUUAUGAAACAUUAUGUGAAUUUGUUUCUGUUGUCAAGAAUUAUUUAUUUAUAAUAUUUUUUGUUUGAAUAUAGAGAUGAAUGAAUUUUAUUUUGUUUUCAGAUAUCUUAAUUGUUGGUAUUGGCAUUUUUAAAUCACUAAAGUAAAUAUUCUCAUAUCGUACUAGACUUGAGGAAUAGCACUGCUGCAAUUUCUUACGAAUAUAUUUCUACAAGUUUAAGUAUCUAUGAUGGUGAAAGUGUAGUGUAUGUCUUCUAGCUCUAACCAGUUGGUGAACAUCAUAUAUAUAUGACGUCAAGACAAGUGUAGUCUUAUGAUUAGAUAGUAGUGACAUGAUAUAUCUCUGUAUACACCCUAAUAUAUAUUACCUAUGCUUCAGAUGCUAAGGUGCGGGGUCAGAUUUGCAAUUGUUUCUUUUGUCCUGUGCUCAUUUACAUAUCUGAAAGUCGAAAUCUUCACACUUGAUAAACAAAAGUAAUUUAUGCAAAGUAUGUUCAGGUUAAACUGGUCCCACUGUUUUGAUUCAUCCGACGAUGGUAAAGGGGUGAUGGUGGAUAUGGGGUUCUCCCAUGUCAAUAGAUAGAACGUCAGCAUAAAAUAAUACCCAGUCUUGAAUAUCCUCACAAACAAAUUCGAUGUAAAGGGAAAACAGCUGUGAGGAUUAUAUGAAUGGAUCACUGAAAAUCUGUGACGACACCUGCAUCUCCUCAGGUUGUGCCUCCACAUGAAGCUGCCACUCACUGGGAUAACUGAAAUACUAUUCAGAGGUGUAAAUCGAAGCCCCUUUUGGCUUCGUAAAGACCCGUUGACCAACUGCUUUGCAGAUCCACAGAUUGGUUGGUGAGGCUAGGUUGCUUCGUUGAUUGCUUGUCAACGCACCACAACAAUGUGGCAUGUUGCUCAUGAUAUCAGCCUCUGGUUUGUCAGGUCUACACUGGCCUUUGUACAGGCUAGCACAUCACUGAAUGUGAUGCUGAACAAGCACUAUCCCCAAAAUCUUGAAAUCUGAUCUUGCAACAAGCACUCGCCCCAAUACCUUGAAAUCUUGAAAUCUGAUCUUGCAACAAGCACUCGCCCCAAUACCUUGAAAUCUGAUUUUGCAACAAGCACUAUCCCCAAAACCUUGAAAUCUGAUCUUGCAACAAGCACUCUCCCCAAAACCUUGAAAUCUGAUCUUGCAACAAGCACUCACCCCAAAACCUUGAAAUCUGAUCUUGCACCCUUAAUCCUGUAGUCAGAAUACGGACAUUUAAUGGCUGGACUGUUCAACUAUGUUCUCUUUUUAACCAGUCAAAUUUUUUCUGAAGUAAAUUUCAGAGAAAUUUAGUUUGAAAAUGGUAGUAAUAUGUUGCUGACAGCAACAAGAAGAAGGAUGAUUUGUAAAUCGACAAGGGUGCAACCUGACGUCACGAAUGUGACAUUUAAGGAACGCACCAUUAGACUUGUGAUCUUGGUAAUAAGUGCCUACAUGUAACAACGGGUUCAGUCAAGUUCAUGUUUACCAGUGACGUAUGAUGUGAUAUAUAUGUAUAGAGAGUUGUGUCUGACAUAUGCUUAUUGUUAAGAUAAUCUGGAUAAUUCUAUUUCCAAAUAAAAUGAUACACAUGUA